AACCACUCUACUCUAAUACUUCUUUUCCCUUCUUAACUCUUCCUUACUAUUACUCUGCGAUAAGGCUCGGCAUAGAUUCAACAUUGCCAGUACUUCAUACCAGAAAUAUUUCCAAUCGAAAUCAACAAUACCCCGCCAAUCCCACCAUUUUCCCUUGGUCCCUCUAUUACUUUCAAAACCUCCACUAUCGGGCAGAUCUCUUUAAUCUCGCAGAGCGAUGAGCUUCCGAGGCUUCCAAAAGAGCGUCGUCCGGGCGCCGCAGCAAUUCAAGGCGAAGUUCAAUAUCGGCGAGCACUCAAAAGAUCCCGUAUUCAUCGACGCAGAACGACGUUUCCACGAGCUCGAGGUUGAGACCAAGCGCCUUCACGAUGAAAGCAAAAAGUAUUCCGACGCCAUUAAUGGCAUGCUCAACCACCAAAUCGAGUUUAGCAAAGCGAUGACCGAGAUCUACAAACCUAUAUCCGGCCGCAUGUCCGAUCCCGACUCUAUAGAGAUCUCAGGCAAUCCCGAUGGUAUCCGCGCAUGCGAAGAAUACGAGGCCGUUGUCAAGGAUCUGCAAGAAUCGCUCAAGCCCGAGCUCGAGAUGAUUGAUUCGCGCAUUAUACGCCCAGCUAAUGAACUGCUUGAUGUGCUCAAGGUCAUCCGAAAAACUGCGACGAAGCGCGAGCACAAGAAGCUAGAUUUCGAUAGACACAAUGCGACACUCAAGAAAUAUCAAGACAAGAAAGAGAAGAGCGCAAAAGACGAAAAGGCACUAUGGAAGGCCGAAAGUGACGUUGAGCAAGCCACCCAGGAGUUCAAUUAUUUCAACGAUCUGUUAAAAGAUGAACUACCGAAGCUGUUCGGUCUUGAGCGCCAAUUCAUCAAACCACUAUUCCAAUCUUUCUACUAUAUGCAACUUAACAUCUUCUACACCCUGCAUGAGAAGAUGCAACAUUGCGAUAUCGGAUAUUUCGACCUAACACUCGAUGUUGAAGAGGCUUUCAUAAAGAAGCGGGCCGAUAUUCAAGAACAGACUGAACUGUUGACCAUUGUUCGAUUCAAGACCAGCGGCCAGAAGAAGCCACCACCCAAGUAUGGAAAUAAACCAGCGGCGAUCGAGGCCGGACCCGGUCCAGCAGGAUUACUCACAGCAGGCCCUUCCUCUACGCCAAGUCUAGCGUCUACAAAAUACGGCCAGCAAUCGCAGGCCGAGGUUGUAGAAAACCCUCCGCCGCCAUAUUCCGUGGCAACACCCGCCCUAAAAUCACCCAUGUCUCCGCCCUUGAAUAGCCCCAAGUCACCGGGAUUGGCAGCACUCGCAGCAGGGAAGCCGAAACCCCCUCCACCAAAGCCAAAGCCGAGUCGACUCAGCGGAGCACCGGCGGUGGAGACAGUUACGGCUCUAUACGAUUACUCGGCCCAGGCGGAAGGCGAUAUUAGUUUUAGGGCGGGGGACAUAAUAGAGAUUGUCAAUAGGACACCGAAUGAAAACGAAUGGUGGAUUGGUAAAUGCCACGGGAAACAGGGUCAAUUUCCAGGAAACUAUGUUAAAGUCGGUUAGAAGCCUACAUUACAACCGUCGGAUCGCCAGAGAUCAGUCCGACCGCAACACAAUUCACCAAAAAGUACUUAGCGGGGGUAAACGGGUUGAUAUAGGCCGGCUACAUAAACUCGGUUAUUAGGCGUUGAUUUUAUCGGCGAUCGAGCAGGGUUACCUUCGAUGAUAUCAAUUAGCAAAACAUUGGAUUGUCACUGGAAACUUUGCUGGACCUCGUAGGGUAGAAGGGGGCAGAGUGACAAAGGAGGUAUUCUCGUAGCAACAACUUACAGUAUUACAUGAACACCCCAGAGCAUGGAACACAAUUAUCAUACCGGGCGGCCUCUUGUAUUCAUUAGCGAGUCAAGAGCACGACAUGUCCGUUGGUAAAGCCCAACUCAAUCGAGAUUUAACCAUGGCAGAACUUAUUAGCAUCCUAGG